AUGAAAUCAGGCGUCCUCCUCCUCCUGGGGCUCCUCGCCCUCUGGGCUGAGCUGCCGCCUGCCUCUGGGCAGCUCCGUCAAGCGAACGCGAUCUGCAGUCUCCCUGCGGAUCCCGGCCCUUGUGAAGCCUACAUGCCCAGCUACUUCUACAACUCGACCACCCAGAGGUGUGAGCAGUUCAUUUAUGGCGGCUGCCGGGGCAAUGGGAACAGGUUUCCCAAUGUGAACGAAUGUCUCAAGACCUGUGGAAGCUCAGGUGACAUUUGCCGACUCCCGCCUAAGACGGGCCCUUGCAAGAUGCACAGCCGUCGCUUCUUCUACCACCCGGCCACCAGGACGUGCAAAACAUUCAUCUACGGCGGCUGCCAGGGAAACGGGAACAACUUUAGAACUCUCCAGGAGUGCCAGCGGGCCUGCAGGAAACGCGGGCCGACCAGAGAGAGAGACCAGGACGAGCCGAGAGCGUGACAGCAGGGCCUGUGGGGGGAUGGGACAGGAUCCUCCAAUCCGGUCCCCACCUGACACCCACGCCCAGUCGCCCGUGGGCCUGAUCUCGCCCCGCACGUGGCUUGUGUAAUAAAGAGCUCAGCUCA